GCUCGGCGGUGAGGAGCUCCGGGAUCCUGUGGCGCAGAGAGGACGCGCAGCUUGGCCGCACAGCGAGCACCGAGCCGGGGCGUCGUGCUGUGAUGUGAACCGAUGCGGGUUGGCCCGGCUGCAGCUACGGGCGCACCGCCUCUUGAAAAGCGGCUGUCGACGUCGCUCCUGCUCCACUAGCGUGCGUGUGCGUGCGGGUGUGUUUGCCGUCGCGGAGGCGCAGACGCCCGGAGGCUGAGCGAAGCGGCGACCUUCAGCUGAAAACGGCCCCAUCUGUGAACCCUGUAAACAAGCUGUAUCACAGCAGUGUGUUCCCAAUCGGCCAUGAUGUCCGUUCAAACCCCUCCGCUCUCCCGCUCCGGCUCCUCUCCUUCCAACGUGGGUCUGGCCAAUCGUUCGUCGUACAACCAGUUGCAUGGGCGUGAUGUCAUUAAGGAGUCCAUGGAGACCGGAAGUUCGUCCACUUUGCCGAAGAGCCGUCAGAGGUACGCAAUGACCAGCGUGCGGAGCGCCAUGGGGAUCAGCGACAACUUGUCGUCUAAAAACCAACCCGCGACCAGGGGGAGGGGCCUCCCCACCAAGUCCUCCUCCAGCUCAGCCCUCUAUUCCUCCUCUUCCUCCUCCUCGCUGUUUAAUGCAACCAACCCCAAGCUGGCCAAGAACGGAGCCAACAUGCAGAGACGAGCUGAGACCCAGCAGCUGGAACUCAGCAGGGCUAAUACAGAGGGCAAAAUACACAAUGAUCUCCUUAAUAACCCAACUUCUGAUUGGCUAGAAUUGGAGAAAGAGAACUCACAGCAGUCAUUGAUCCGUAGACGCACCAAGAGCUUCUUGGAGUACCAUGGGAAGGGCUUGGAUCUAGACUUCAACUGGGGAAACAAGGAGGAGCAGGAGGAGAAGAAGCAACAGCCGUCUCCAGAGAAGGAGCAGGUUAGUCCUGCCAAAGAGAGGGAGAGUCAGAAGGAGGAGAAGCCGAGCAGCAAGCAGACCUGCCCGGAAGAGAGGGAAGAAGUGGAGCCAGUGGUGGAGGAGGAGGAAGAGGAAGAUGACCCCACACCUACCAUAAGACAGCCCUUGCUACCAGUGGUGGUGGAGGCCCCGCUUUCCUCCACUUCCUCCUCUUCCACCAGCAGCCCAGAGUGGAUCCCAGACAACCUCAACCCCCUCCAGAACCAGGCUCCAGCCCAGGUCAGAGGGGAGCUCUGUGGUCAGGUUCAGACUGUCGCACGCAGUCCUGCAAAACCCCCCCGCAGUUCCCAGCCCCGGGUGAUCAAGGUGGAGUUGCACCCCAACAAUGAGAACCAGUUCCUGCAACAGUACCCACCUUCCUCCCCUAAACAGGCCCGAGCUGCAGAGAGGAGCCCCCCUGCCAGGAGCCGAGCGCCCCCUCCUCUGCCGGAUCCUGAACAUGAGACUGGACUCCCCAAAGUGGGCUUAAGAAUGGACCUGACUCCUGAAACUCCAUCAGGGGAUGAAGACUCCAGCUGGACCACCCUGUCCCAGGAGACGCCGUCUCCUCAGACUCCCAAGGAGACAGCAGAUGUAUGGAGCGAGGGUGACCUGCCCCCAGGCUGGCGGGAGAUCUCGGACUCAUCAGAGGUCUAUUUCUGGCACAUCCCCACCGGCACCACGCAGUACCACCGACCCGUUGCCUCUGGCAACCAACAUACCUCUCCUGACGACGAGCCUGACACUGAGCGUGACCCACAACAGGAAUCACAGGACUCCCUCAAGCCACCCAUCGAGCGCCCCAGCAGUCUGAUAUCUGACAGCUCGGUGGAGCCCGUCCCCUCCCCCUCCGGCUCCUGCCCCUCCUCCUCCUCCUCCACCCCCUCAUAUGAUGUCACCUCUUCUGGACCGAAGCUCAACGCCGCCACCUGCACAGCCAAAGAGCUGAAGGACUAUCCAGUCUAUCCAGAUCCCAGUCUGAAGGCGUUCGAGGGAGCCACCCUCCGCUAUGCUUCACUUAAACUCAACCCUCCAGCCCAAUUGGAGACAGUGGACCUCAACAGUACUUUCCCCAAUGAAGAGGCAAUGUCGUUUCCAGUGCGAUCUCUGGGCUGGGUGGAGAUGGCUGAGCAGGACCUGUCCGAGGGGAGAAGCAGUGUGGCCGUGCACCACUGUAUCAGACAGCUGUCGUACUGCAGGAGGGACAUCCGGGACUCAGCCGGGGUCUGGGGAGAGGGUAAAGGGAUGCUGCUGGUGCUUCAGGACCGCAUGUUGACCCUGGUGGACCCUGACGAUCACAGCCUGCUUCACUCUCAGCCAAUCAGCAGCAUCCGCGUGUGGGGCGUCGGCCGCGACCACGACAGAGAAAGGGACUUUGCCUACGUGGCGAGAGACAAGAACACGCGGGUGCUGAAGUGCCACGUGUUCCGAUGUGAUACUCCUGCCGCAGCCAUCGCCACAAGUCUCCACGAAAUCUGCUCCAAGAUUAUGGCUGAAAGGAAAAGUGCCAAGGCUGCAGCGGGCAGCUCCUCCCAAACCAGCUCUGAUGUGCCCCUACAAGAGUUUCCUUUGCCAAAGACUGAGUUGGUGCAGAAGUUCCAUGUUCUGUAUCUGGGUAUGACAUCUGUGUCUCGACCUAUAGGUAUGGACAUCAUAAACGGGGCCAUCGAGGGCCUCCUGUCGUCCUCAUGCAAAGACGACUGGACUCCUGUCAUACUGAGCAUCGCUGACACCACUGUGGCUGUGAUCAAAGAGAAGGAGGAGGACGAGGAGGUGCUGGUGGAGUGUCGCGUCCGUUUCUUGUCCUUCAUGGGCGUCGGGCGGGACGUGCAUACGUUUGCCUUCAUCAUGGACACGGGGAGUCAGCACUUUGCGUGUCACAUUUUUUGGUGCGACCCCAAUGCAGGCUUAGUGUCUGAGGCCGUGCAGGCAGCAUGUGUGCUGCGGUAUCAGAAGUGUCUGGUGGCACGGCCGCCCUCCCAACGCGCUGGUUCGUCCUCCUCGCCCUCCGCAGAUUCCGUGUCCCGGCGGGUGACCACCAGCGUGAAACGCGGCGUCCAGUCUCUCAUAGACACUCUGAAAACCAAGAAACAGCCGUCAGAACUCCCCUAGCAACGACCGCCACCAGUGACCACAGCACCACCCAGCCCAUGUCUGGAUGCCACUCACACUAUCGCCACGACAACACCUUUUCAGUUCCAGAAAUGGUAACCAAUGAUGUACAUACAUGUUAAAAGACACCACCGCAGAGGAAGGAAAGAAGAGCAAUCUUCAAGAAUGCCUGAUUAUAAAAAGAAAAAGAAAAAACAGAUGUGUUUCAUGAAGAAAAGCUGCAGUGUGUUUGCUGACGUCACUUGGUGUCACUGGUUGAACUUUGACCUUUGAACACUACUGUGCACAAGUGGAAACCGUCUGAAGGCUCGACCGGCUGGAUGUGGAUUUCUCAUGAGCUGGAUGGAUUACACCAUCACGCAGACAGGACACAGGAUUACCCUGAAGAGAGAAGAUCACAUUUCUAUCUACAGACUGGUUUGUGUAACCGCUCAUUGGUUAAGUCAAGUUUUCUUUCGUGCCCGGAGCCCCUUCUGUAAAAAAUAUAUUCAUCAGCACAGUGAGAGCAGCUGGACUAGAUGGCGGAGAUGCUAAACUACGGAAGCCUUCCAGGACAGAAAAAAGGUGUCGUCUUGCUGUCGAGGGAAUCUGAGAGGUGAACGAGAAAAACCCAAGGGCCUCCAGCUGCCCACCAAAUGGCAUCCCGAUGUUUUGUGCAACAAACGUGAAACAGAAAAAAAGCGUAACAUCUCCUCCGAGGAUGAAUGAAGUGAUUGUAAUAAUGACGUGUAUGUAAAUGAUUGUAUGUAGGACGAGAGGAAUUCAGGGCUCUGAUCUUGUAGAUAUGAGGGCGAGAUGUGCUGUCGGUGACAGAGUUGUGAUCGAUGUGGGUUUUUUGAUUUUGCAUGUUUUCUUCGAUAGAAUAUGAUUUUUUUUUUAUGUUUAUGGGGGAUUAAGGGUCUCGGUAGUAAAGAGUGUUGAACACACAAGAAACAGAUGCUCUCAGCACAAGUCAUCUUGACCAUAACUGGAUUUACACUGGCACAAAAAAAAAGAAUUAAAUCAGACCUCUUUCUAAACAAUACCUAAAUAGAUGGUUACUCUCUGCCCCCAACAAGGAAAUGUAAUUUUAUCCUUUUUUAUUUGCUGUUCCUUGGUAAAUGGCUUGUUCAUCGGUUUUUAAUGUAUUUUGAAGCUUUAAGUCAGUUCUGAUUGUUGGAUUUUACAUACAUGAGGGAAAAAAAAGUUUAAAAGCUCAAGAAUGUUCAAACUUAACAAUAUCCUCAGGAAUCUUUAUGCUCACGCAAGAUAUGAUGUGAUUGCAAGAAAUUCCAGACACAGGUUUUUGACUUUGGGCCGAUGUGACAUGCUUGUGGCGAUAUGAACAGUGGUAUGAAAUAGUGUUAGCCCGGCUUGGAUAGCACGGAAAAAGAAAAAGUAAAGGUUAACUAGCUCCUCCUCAGUAAAUCCAGUCAUUCUACUCCCAUUCACAAACACACACCCACGAAUAUGCACAUACAGCAGAGGGGGGGAACAAAACAACGUCUCGUAUCACUGCUGUCGAAACCUUUACACUGCUCCUACGGCUCGGAGCCACCACCUGCACUCCACGUGAACUCUGUGAAUGCAGUCUAAUCCAAACACACACAAAACAAAAGAGAGAUGCUGUAAAUCAUUUCCAUUCUGUUCUUCACUCAUCUCUUCACCAUGUAAAUGUCAUCUGUUGUGACAAUAAAUGCAUAACCAAAAGAAAA